AUGCACGCCAAUUCCCUCACCAUGUCUUUCCGCACAACCAUGGCCCUCGGCCGACUAAACCCUGCCGCGCCUUCCCUCGCCGGCGCUCUCCGUCCGCUCCACCAGACCACCCAAUUCACACGCCUUAGCUCGACGACAGCUCGCCCAGCCGCCGCAACAUUGAAGCUGGACUCUCGCCCACACGCCAAGGCUGCGUCGCCAUCUUCCAUUGCCGUGCGCGCAAACUCAACCUCCGCGCCAGCUAACCAGGAAGUCAAGCUCGACUGGAACUCUUUCUUCAAGCUCCGCGCUUCCCGCCGCCGAUACUCCCUCGUCUCCUCGGUUGUUAGCUCUCUUGCCAGCACCACCAUUGGUGUGCAGGUCCUGUCUACCCAGGACCUCGAGCACCUUGGCGCAUCGGUGAUGGGCUUGGAUCCGUUUAUUGUUCUUGGAUUGGCCACUGCCGCGUGCGGUGCUGUUGGAUGGCUCGUUGGACCCGCCCUCGGCAACGGCAUUUGGGGACUUGUGUACAGAAAGUACAAGCCCUCUGUCAACACGAAAGAGAAGGAAUUCUUCGAUCGCAUUCGUCGUUUCCGUGUUGAUCCCUCCACCAACUCGAUCUCCAACCCCGUGCCCGAUUACUAUGGCGAGAAGAUUGGUAGUGUGCAGGGCUACCGCAGCUGGUUGAAGGACCAGCGGGCUUACAACCGCAAGCGCCGCAACUUCAUUGCGUGA